AGAAAAAGAAAAAAAAAAAAGAGGGCGAACGCCCGGAGCAAGCAUGAGAUACAGAGCAGUCCGGGCGAAUGAGAUAAACACUACUCCGUGCAGACAGGGCCUAUUACGUUAGCUAUGCAGACGGCAACGUGAACCUCAAGUGGUCCUGUCCUGUAUAAGUGCCAUCGUACUCGUGAGGCCGAGAAGUCUACGUUUCUCAUUAUUGUGCAUAUAGUGCUCAUAUUGUUUCAAGAUGAAGUUAGAUCCAUUGAGUUACAGGACCGAGGAUGGGAUUUUCCUUCCGAGGGAGGCUGCUCCACCUCUGCCUCAUUCUGAUCUCUACGACAUGCUCGUCGAGGGACUGCAAAAAAAUUAUUCCAAAGACAUUCUGAUAUGCUCGAAAACGGGAGAGACGAUGAGUGGCAGGCAGGUGCUGGAGGAGAGCGAGUGCGUGGCCAGGGCAUUGUAUUCUAGGGGUCUCCUCAGCAAGGGUGGUAUGGCUGCUAUCGUCACCCCUAAUUGCCCCCGGUUUGCAGUCUGGCUCAUGGCAAUUCUGAGACUGAGGGCAGUUCUGACCAUGGCGAAUCCAACAUACACAGAGGAGGAAAUUGCACGGCAGCUGUUGGAUUCAGGCUCCGAAAUAGUGCUUGGAUGGGAAGGAAUCUUGGAGAAGGUGCAAGGCGCAGCUCGAAAAGUCCCUGGAUUGCGACAAGUCAUCACAUUGGGUCAGAAGGGGAGUCUCACCUUGUCCGACCUCAUCAAAGAAGGCCGAUUCCUGCCCCCUGUUCCUCAAGUGAAGAGUCAUCCAGAUGACGUUGUCCUACUGCCCAGUUCCAGUGGCACCACAGGUGUCCCAAAGGGUGUUCUCAUCACCCAUAGAAAUAUGACACAUGCUCUCGUUUCCAUGGACUUGAAGACACUUUUAGAUUUGAGCCCAGAUGAUGUGGUUAUGGUCUUCCUGCCAUUGUUUCAUAUCUAUGGCUGCACACUCAUGGCGAAAACUCUUCAAUCAGGGAAUCGUCUAGUUGUCAUGCCCCAUUUUGACUUUGUAGAAAUGUUAACAGCCAUUCAGGAACAUCAUGUCACAUUGCUUCCUUUGGUACCUCCAGUAGCAUUGGUUCUCUCUCAUCAUCCUGUUGUUGAUAACUUUAACCUUCGCUCACUUCGUAAGAUUGUCAGUGGAGCAGCCCCUCUUUCAGGAGAACUUCAGAUGAAGGUGGAGAGGAGACUAAAAGUCCCAGGAUAUGGGAUGACAGAGGGUCCCUUGGCUUGUCUUCUUACUCCAGUAGAUAAAACCAAGCCAGGUUCUGUGGGCAUUGUUGUCCCAUACUUUGAAGUGAAGUUGACCAAUAUAGAAACAGGGAAGACAGAAUUGAAGGAGGGAGAACUGUGCAUUCGAGGACCUCAGCUCAUGAAAGGAUACUUGAGGAGAGAAGCUGAGACAGCAGCUACAAUAGAUUCUUCAGGCUGGCUCCACACUGGAGAUGUUGGCAAAGUGGAUGAAGAUGGAUACUUCUACAUUAUAGAUCGCAUCAAGGAACUCAUAAAGCACAAAGGGUUCCAGGUUGCUCCAGCAGAGCUAGAAGGUCUCCUCCUCACACAUCCAGAGGUGAUAGAUGCUGCUGUAAUUGGGAGACCUGACACUGCAGCUGGAGAACUCCCAACUGCUUUUGUAGUUCUCAAGUCUGGUUCCAACCUCAAGCCAAAUGAUAUCCAGAGCUUUGUUGAUAAGAGAGUGUCAUCCCACAAGAGACUGAGAGGAGGUGUGAUUAUUACUGAUGCAAUUCCCAAGUCCCCAAGUGGGAAGAUACUUCGCCGCUUCCUACGUUCUUCUCUGCAGUCCAAGCUCUAGCUCAUGAUGAUGAGCCCACUGACACUAGAUAUGUGACAAUACUGUCAAUACUUGUAAGCAUGUAAUUCAAUUGGGGAUGAGUAAUUCUUUCAAGUAUCUUUGUGCCUUCCCUGCUAGUAGGAGGAAAUCAGUAAAAAAAAAAAAGGGUAUAAGAUAUUUUUCUAAUUGCAAGCCAAUUUUACAGAGUAUAGUAUUGUCAUUGUAGAAUGUAUCUGCUACAGGUUUGAUUCCUGGUCAAUUUCUCUCAGGGCAUAAUUCUCUUGUCACUUCUUUUCUUAAAUUUUACUUCAUGCAUGAGCUAGCCAGUU